AUGGCGUUUCAGGUGAAAGUUGAAUACGGAGGGAAACGCUUCGCAACUUUUCUCCUAGAAAACGUAUCAUACGAUGGUCUUGUAAGUAGCAUAAGAAAGCAUUGUUCUUCUUUGGCUCACCUAGACGCAGAUAAGAUUAGACUUUGCCACCUUGACGAGGAUGGCGAUAUGGUGAAUGUUUGUCAAGCAGAUUUGUUUGCGUUCUCGGAAAUGCUUCGCACGGCCAAAGAAGUGAAAGACCACGACUACAGGAAAAUAUUCAUUCAAGCUAACGACAUUGACUCUCCGUGCCCGCGCAAAAUGAAGCAAGUGGAUUUUGGCGUGGAAAAUCCAAGUACCGGCGACGAACUUAGUUGUUUAGAACCCAAACAACUGUCAUUUCAUGCGUCAACUUUUCCGUCAGCAAGUUUUACUGAAGACGCGCGAUCGAGUCUCACAUCAGCUCAAAAUGACCAGCAAGGAUGUAGCCCGUUAGAUUCAAAACAACAGGAAAUGAAAGACAGUCUUACUGUUUUGCAAGUGCAGAUAGUUACUGCAAAGGAAGCACUGCAAAACUUAAUUAGCUAGAGAACGAGUACGUAACACCCUUAAGUCUUCGAGGACGCGUGUGCAAUAGUUGUCAUGCAACUAGCCAUACGAAGACAACAUGCCACAGUCCUCCUUGUUCAAAUAUUGAUUCGUGUAAAAAAAAAAGAUAAACACCCUGAGCACAAAAUUAAGGUCAACGAGCUUUAGCGCGAGAUUAAAUCACUUGAAAGUCAAGCAGCAGAGAAAGAGUAAAACAUCAAACGUUUAGCAAGCGCACGGGAGCGCGCCAAGACAUCAUUCUUUGCAGUGAUGCAGCCUCGAUUAAAGGCGCAGAACUUGCUAAAAUAUGGUACCGGGAAACGAAUGCAACUGGAUCAUGA